AUGCUCUCUAGGCAGGCUCGCCGCGGCGCGUCUGCCACCCGAGCACUGCAAUUGAGCCAUGUACGACCACAAUUACGACUAGUACCCACUCAAUCGAACGUCCUCUGCGUUACUCGGCGUCAUCUCGUCACUAGAACGCUGGGACACUGGCGCAUAGAGAGACCUGAUGCUGGUGUGCGACGAUCCCAACACCGAGCUCUUGCGACCGCCGUCGACGACUUCAAACUUGACAAUUCCGUCUAUGGCAACUUCUCAGCAUCACAGAUGCCAUCAUUUUCAUCACCUCUUCGACCUUAUGACUUGACGCCGUUCGACCCAGCAUCUCCCCUCACGAUACCGGAGGCUCCCGCCACAGCCCCUGUCCAGACUAAGACCAGUCCACACGGCAUUCCGGGAGAAGCAGACGACAUGCUUCUAGUCUUUGAUGCCUGCAUCAGAGUUGGAAAACUGGACCGUGCUGCUCUUGUAUUGAAGCGCAUGAAUCUUUACCAAACUCUUUCUCCCGAGGAGCGCACUCUUCUCCACAACCAAUACCUGAGAGCUUCACUGGUACAGUUGAGGGCCAACCCCGACCGACGACAAGCGGAACAGCUUCACAAGUUUUACGAAAUGAAUAUUCGCAACAAAGGUCUGCCACAAACAGCCGAGACCGUUGCUUGCAUGCUCAAAGCGUCCAUCCUGUCCGAACGUGGCGCUCGACUGACUCGUCUCAUCACACGUUAUAUGGGAAUGGCUCCGGGCGAAUCUGGCCUGCGUGUUUUGAGUAUGGCCGAGAUCCUGAGCGAUCAAGAUCUGGCUGUUAUCACCGCGCAAUGCCCCACCUACAACUAUUCUGCUGAGCCAGAGCUCGAGGUGGAUAUUAUGGAUGACGCCUCGCUCGAAGAUGCAUCUACAUUCCAGCCAGAUACUAUUGAACUUUCUUCUUCGCCAAGUUCCGGAUCCUUGCCCGAACUCGUGCCCACACCCCAGCGCGGCGAUUCGUUGACUGCUUUGAAGGAGGGAUUGAAGCUAGUCGGCAACCUUGAAGCGUUUGAUACAUCAAACCUGUCCAACGAAGAUCUACACAGCUUGCAGCUCCAGCUUGAACGCGAUUCAAUAAGCGCCGCUCUUGAGAAAUGGAGGAGUCAGAGCAAGCAGCUGCAAAAGGUCGGAAUUACGCCUGGUCUGACUGGUUCGAAAAAAGAAGGCUCUUUAUCUAGCUACACGUCAUCAUGGCUCAGCGCUAUGGAGGUGCGUAUUCAAGAUGAGAUUGCUCAAGUGGAUGUAUCAGAGGGCAAGGAUGUCAAAACAGAGAGGGACAUUGAAAGAUGCAUCUACGGCCCCUUUAUCCGACAGGCAGACCCUGCGAGGUUAGCCGCGGUGACCAUACUCAGCACUUUGAACGCUGGUGCCCUCCUUGGAGUUGACAAGGGCAUUGCCAUUCAGAAAAUCAUCAAUACUAUCGCCAAGCAAGCACACGAAGACAUUGAGUUACAGAAAAAGCAGAAGAAGACAACCCGACGCCGCAAGGUCACAUAUGAUGCCUCGAAAGCGAAACCUAAAGAAGCCAAUUCUGUACCCCAAAUCACAGAAAGCCAAGAAGCCACAAAGCGCAUUGAAGAUUCGGCAAGCAAGCCAUGGUCCAUACAAAUCAAAGCCCAAGUUGGAUCAUUUCUCCUAAAAGCUCUCAUUGACUCCGCGAAGGUCAAUGUCAUCACGCGACACCCUACGACUGGAGAGCGGGUCAGCCAGUACCAGCCCGCCUUCACCCACAUCCAGCAGCCACGCAAAGGUAAAAAGGUUGGCAUGCUCAUCAUGCACAAUACUCUGGUUGAGCAGCUCAAGCGCGAGCCCAUGGGAGACUUUCUUGCCAAGCACCUGCCCAUGAUUGUUGAGCCGAAGCCAUGGAAGAGUAUGCAUCACGGUGGCUUUCUCGAGAGCAAAACUAGCGUAAUUCGAGUGCAGCCAGGAAACGUUGAACAGCGACUUUAUGCCAAGGCCGCUGUUGAAUGUGGCGAUAUGAAGCAAGUCUUCAAAGGUCUUGAUGUUCUCGGACAGACGGCAUGGCAGAUCAAUCGCGAUGUAUUGAACGUCAUGAUGGAGGCCUGGAAUACUGGUGAAGAAAUUGCCAACAUGCCAGCUCUGGAACCAAAGUUUGAUAUACCAGCCGAACCCGACUCGACCGUCAACCCUGCUCUGCACAAGAAAUGGAUCCGCGACGUCAAGGCUAUUGAAAAUGAACGCUCCGGCUUACACUCACAGCGCUGCUACAUGAAUCUGCAACUGGAGAUUGCGCGCGCAUUCCGCAAUCAGACCAUCUACUUCCCCCACAACGUCGAUUACCGUGGUCGUGCAUAUCCCAUGCCCACUUACUUGAAUCACAUGGGCGCUGAUCACGCACGAGCUGUGCUUUCAUUCGCCAAGGGCAAACCUCUCGGUGUAACUGGUCUGCGAUGGCUAAAGAUCCAUUUGGCGAAUGUCUACGGCCUCGACAAGGCCAGCUUUGAAGAGCGUGAAGCCUUUGCCAACGAAAGCGCCAGCAACAUCAUCGAAUCGGCGACCAACCCGCUUCACGGAAGCCGGUGGUGGCUCAAGGCGGAGGACCCAUGGCAAUGCCUCGCCGCGUGCUUUGAGCUCAAGGGAGCACUUCAGCUCGAAGAUCCAACUACCUAUGUCUCUCAUCUGCCAAUCCAGCAGGAUGGUACUUGCAAUGGCCUACAACACUAUGCUGCCUUGGGCGGUGAUACGUGGGGUGCAAAGCAAGUCAAUCUUGAACCAGGUGAUCGGCCUGCAGAUGUUUACUCGGCUGUGGCGGACCUAGUCAAGCAAGCUAUCACCAAGGACGCUAAAGCGAACAACAAAUUCGGUCUCGUGCUAGACGGCAAGAUUACUCGAAAGGUUGUCAAGCAGACUGUCAUGACCAAUGUUUAUGGCGUCACGUUUUCUGGUGCUAAGAAACAGGUGUGCAAGCAAAUAGAUGCCCUGUACCCCGAUCUGGGCAAGCAGUGCGGCAUUCCACAUCUGAUACUGGCCACAUAUAUCGCUCGGCAUGUUUUUACCGCCCUGGCCACUAUGUUCCGUGGUGCUCACGAUAUCCAGUACUGGCUUGGUGAAAUUGGUGGACGCGUUUGCCGCGCCCUGACACCUGCCCAGUUGCAACACAUCGCAGACGAGUACUCGAAUGCCUCUGCCGACACCAAGAAAGGAAAGGCAGCAAAGGCACCCAAGACUAGAAAGUCGGGCUUUGACGAGCUAACUAAACAAUUCCGCUCCACGGUGGUCUGGACAACUCCGCUGCGCAUGCCAGUCGCUCAACCGUACCGCAAGACGACUGCCAAGGAAAUUCGAACCUGCCUUCAGUCCCUUGCGUACCACUCCAGCGACUCUACCGACCCCGUCAACAGAAGAAAACAACUUCAAGGAUUCCCGCCCAACUUCAUUCACUCUCUAGACGCGAGCCACAUGCUGCUCUCUGCGCUUGAAUGUCACGAGCGUGGUUUGGACUUUGCAGCUGUUCACGAUUCAUUCUGGACUCACGCUGCGGAUGUCAACGUUAUGAACGAGGUAAUUCGAGAUUCGUUCAUCAAGAUCCACGAGGAAGAUGUUAUUGGACGCCUAGCUGCCGAGUUUGAGACACGGCACAAGGGGUCUCUAUUCCUGUCCCACAUUGAUGGCGCAUCCCCAGUUGCCAAGAAGAUCAAGGCCUUGAGGAAGAAGAGCAACCUCUCUCCCAGAGAAGAGCUACUCCUCGAGCACAAGCGCAACUCUCUGCGUCUUUCGGGCAACCCUUGGGAUCUGGAAGCCGCCAAACAGAUCAUCACGCCUGCCGCUGUGUACGAGGAAAUGGCUGCCGCAGAGCCCGACUUGGAUAUCGCGGAAGACAUCCGUGACAUUGGCCUGGGUGAAAUAUCCGCCGAAGAUGCCACAGCCGAUGCCAACGAAAACAAAAUGGCACUUGCGGACGAGAGCUCGGAUUCGACCGUUGCAAGUGAACUUAUUGAAUCUGAGGCGCUCCUCCACGAUCUGGAGAGCUCCAAUUUUGAAAACGCGGCGCUGCGUGACCGUCCAGUCAAAAAGACCAAAGCUUCUGCCAACAAGCGAGUGCCAGUUCCCGUCUGGCUCCCGCUGACAGUUCCUGACAUACCCAAGAAGGGCGACUUUGAUGUCAGCCGUCUUCGAGAGAGCCAAUACUUUUUUUCUUGA